CUCAAUCGAAAGGUCCUGAAAAAAGUGCCUUGCUCUGCAUCCUGACUGAGCUCAAAGUUUUAUUACUCGUCAGAUUGCGAAACCAGAUAUUCACAAAUUGAAUACAAACAGAACAUGGGAUCAAAGAUACCUCUUGUGGAUCUCGACGUCCUGGUCGUAGGAUGCGGAAUCGCGGGGUUGACGACCGCAGUCGCGUGCCGAGAAAAAGGCUUCAAUGUGCGAGUGCUGGAGUCUUCCGCCGAAUUCUCACAUGUCGGCGCAGGGCUCAUGAUAUCCUCGAAUGCCUCACGUGUUCUGUGUGACAUGGGGCUGCGUGAAUCCUUGGAUCACGUCGGCAUCCACAUGAGAAGAGUUGUUUUCAUGAAACAUGACGAUGGAACGGUUCUGAGCGACACACGUUACAGUGACGAUGUGGAGGAGAAGUUAGGGGCACCUCUGUGGCAGAUCCACCGAGCGGAUUUGCAUGAUGUGUUGCUGGCGAAGGCGAGAGAGAUUGGUGUUGAGAUCGAGAUGGGAGUCAAGGUCGAGCGAUUUGAUUGGGAUGCUCCGAGUGCGCUGAUGGAAGGUGGCACGGUUGCGAAGGCGGAUGUAAUUCUUGUUGCUGAUGGAUAUCGCUCAAGUGCUAGAGGAGAGCUGCUUGGUAAGUACGAGGAGCCACGGUUCAGUGGCAACUCUGCGUACCGGGCACUUAUCCACCGUUCUGAAUUCGAGAAUGAUCCCGUGUUAGAGCCUUUGAUGAAUGUCAAUAAUCAAACAACUUAUUGCUGGAUUGGUAAAGGCUGUCACAUUCUUGGGUACCCAAUUCGACAAGGAGAGUUCUUCAACCUAGUCUCCACGCAGCCAGCAAAGCACACUAAAGGUCCCAAGUUUGUGGUUCCAAUCGACCCUUCUGAGUUUGUUGACCAAUACAAAGAUUGGGAUCCUAAGCUCGUCGCAAUAUUAAAGAAGCUGCCGAAAGAGAAUGUGCUCGAGUGGAAGCUCUGUGAUCUCGAACCAAUGAACUCGUGGAUUUUCCCAGGUGGCAAGAUCGUGCUUUUAGGUGACGCUUCUCACGCAAUGUUGCCGUCUGCGGCACAAGGCGCUGGCAUGGGCAUUGAGGAUGGAGCUGCGAUUGCGGAAUUGUUAGACCGCGUUACGCAUCGGGAACAGAUCCCGGUGAUCUUGAAGACUUUUGAGAAUCUGAGGCUUCCAAGAUGUACGUAUAUUGUUGAUAGUGGGAGACAGAAUGCGAAGAAAUGGCAUGAGAAGGAUGCGAAGGGAGGCACUAUUACAGAUGAAAUGUGGGAGUACGAUGUGAAAGGGGCAGCACGUGAGAUAUUAUUAGCAGGAGCGUAGCACUCAUGUAUGUAUCUCCAGAACACAUACUACUACAAUGAGUCAAUACUUAUUCAUAUCCCUUCUUGCG